AUGGGAUCACCUAACGGUACGUAUCUCACUGUAUAUUUUCACUACAAUGGAAUGUUUGCACCAAACCCGUUAGUGUACUUAGACCCUAUAAUAAUAUUAGUUCGUGAUGUGGAUUUUGUUGGCAUGAACUAUAGAAAAUUUGUGUUGUGGGUUACAAAGCUAGCAAGAGGAAGCUGUGAUAAUUUGUACUAUUGUAGUAGUCAUGAAAGAUUGAUAGAAGGUAUUAGAAGAAUUGAAAAUGAUGUUGGUUAUUUUGAGUUUAUUGAAUAUGGCUACAUGGCUAAGAACGAGCUAAGAAUGAAUGUCUACGUUGACCACCAAAAUGAACCUAUUCUUGACGGGGUUGAUAAGGAGGUGUUAACAGGUGAUGAGGUGUCUAAGUUGGUAGAAGAUGAUGAUACAGACUCACAUAUUUCAGAUAUAAUGGAAUAUGAGCAUGAACUUGAUGAAGAGGUGCAUACUUUUGACAAAACAUUUGAUGAUGAAUUUUUAAACAAGUUAUGCGGUAAACCCAUUCCUAAUAGUGACCAAGAAGAAGUGAAUGAUGAUGAUGAUGAUGAUGAAGUUAGUGAUGAAGAUGAUGAGGUUGUGUUCCCUGUAUUUGAUGAGAAUCAAGGAUAG